CAAUCAGAGGGCGCUCAGGACACUAGGUUCCCUACAGUAAAUAUUUGUGUUUGCUCAGCCGGCUGUAAUGGUGGACGACUGAAAGAGAAAAGGGAGAAAUACAAUCUCUAAAAAAUUGCAUCCCAGGCAAAAACAGUGCUGCCCGCGGCUCGGACAUAAACUCCGGCAGACAUGGAUGAACUUAAACAUCAAGUGAUGAUAAACCAGUUCGUCCUGACAGCUGGAUGUGCGGCAGAUCAGGCGAAGCAGCUUUUGCAAGCGGCACAUUGGCAGUUUGAGACAGCCCUCAGUGCCUUUUUUCAAGAGACUAAUAUUCCUUACGGUCACCACCAUCAAAUGAUGUGUACUCCAGCAAACACGCCCGCAACUCCCCCGAACUUCCCCGAUGCUCUCACCAUGUUCUCCCGCCUCAAGGCCUCAGAAAGCUUCAACAGCAGCAGCCCUAGCAUGGCCUCUAUGGCCACCUCACCUCCUCCACCUCCUGUCAGCUGGGGCAUGACACCACCCAUGGCUGGCCAACAGGGACUAUGGACUCAGGGGUCUCCGGCCACACAGGCCCACCCACCCCCGGGCUGGCCGUCUGCCGUCAACCAACAAGCAGCCGCCGAACAGAAGGCCAGCGUGGCCAUGGAGGCCGAGAGAUGAGGAGCUGGACUGCAUGGCCCCCAGGGGUGGAUCAGGGUGGGGGGUAGAAAGGGGAGGGGUGAGGCGAGGGUUGGGGAAACAGUACCAGGAAAGGGGGGCAGGGGGGGAACUCGCUUUACUCUUCCACCUUUUAAGAGGUAAUGGGAGGGAUAGAGCAACACAACCAAGAAUAAACCAAGCAACA